AUCCCUGAAUUUCACUUAACGCCUUACGAACUGAUGAUCUUGCCUUUCAUUUGUGGCGGAAAGGCAGCUUACAUCACCGGUGCAGUGUGGACGGAAAUUAAUUGAUUUAUAUAAAUGAUAGCAAAAAACUUUACCUCACUUUUUAGGAUGUCAAUCAUAUAGACGAGAUCGUGACGAAUAUUUGGAGGCGCCAGCAAAGUCUACGGACAAAAACAUGUUAAAAACAGCUUCCAGCAGAAACACAUAUUCAGCACUAUUAGCUGUUUUUGUGAUUGUGGGUUCAAUACUAAUUUUCUUGGUUUACUUUCCACCAUCAUCUACUUCAUGUUCGUCCACAUAUGUGGAUUUCACAUUGGUAAAGGAAAAGGUAAUUGUGGCUACAAAUAAAACAGAAAAGCCUGUGGAAAAGCCUCUUCUUUUGCUGUGGUUCUGGCCACUGGGCAGGCGAUGGAAUUUUGGAAGCUGCAAAACCCUGUUCAACAUCGAUAACUGUGUUCUUACAGAUGACCGAUCCCUUUACGACAAAGCAGAUGGAGUUAUCAUUUUCCACAGAGACAUCAUGCAUGACUUGGCAAACCUGCCCCAGUCUCCUCGUCCACCUUUUCAGAAGUGGAUCUGGUUUCAUGUGGAAUCACCAACAAAUACAGUGAAAAUACCAGGCCUGGAAAACCUCUUUAAUCUCACCUUGAGCUAUAGACGAGACGCUGACAUCACUGUGCGAAAUGAAUUGACAGUCUUGAGAAGGACUGAAAUGGAAGGGGAAUUUGUGAUGCCCAAGAAAGACAAAGUAGUUUGUUGGAUUGUGAGCAACAAUGACCCUUCAACUGGGACAUCAACCAGAGCAAGGUAUUACCAAGAGCUUGUGAAACAUAUUAAGAUACAUGUUUAUGGAAGAGCUUUCACAGGACAUAGUUUGAGGUAUGAGGAGUAUUACCCAACUCUUGCCAGCUGUAAAUUCUACCUCGCAUUUGAGAAUUCAAUCCACAGAGAUUACAUCACAGAAAAAGUGAAUGGACCGCUUGUCGCAGGAACUGUACCAGUAGUCAUGGGUCCGCCUCGAGAGAACUAUGAACAGUUCAUCCCACCUGAAUCUUUUAUUCAUAUUAAUGAUUUCUCUAAUGCAAAGGCACUGGCUGACUUCCUGCUUCAAUUGGACCAGAAUGAUGAGAUGUAUCUAAAUUACUUUAAGUGGAGGAGGUACUUCAAAGCCAAGCCCCACCUCCUGACGUUAGAAGAAGAAUUCAUUCAACCUGUCUGUACAGCCUGUGAAUACAUGGCAAGAGACAAUACAUACUACAAGGUUGUCCAUGACCUUUACACUUGGUACUUUGGUUGAAAUAUUCUGUUCUAUGUAUGUAUGUACAGUGGAUAUUAAAAGUCUACACACCCCUGUGA